AUGCAAGUAUAAUAAAAGAAAAUCAAAAAUGCAUCAAAAGAUAAGCUUAAAAGGAUAAGGCAAGAUAAACUGCAAUUGAGAAUUUCAACUGCGGCUGAUGAUACUUCAUCAUUAUUAACUAAAGGCUUAAGCAACAAAGAUUUCUUUAGAGCGAGUAUUAAUCCAGAUAGGCACUAUUUUUCUAAUAAUAAUCUUCGGAAGAACAGCGUUAACUCAGAUGACAAAUCUCAAUCUAGUCCUGAUGUUAUCCCUACAUAAUCAAUAGUAGAAUUUUCUUCCAGACCCUUGACAUCACCAGUCAAUACUUAAUAUAGAACACUAACCAACUACCCUUCAUUGCAUUAAAGUAAUAAUGGGUUCUAGAACUACAGCUUCAAGCCUCACUAAUCAUUGAGACAACAUUCAGUAAUUACAAAAACUCAAUACUAAGUCGACAGUGAUGGCAUGAAAAGGGGUAUUAGAAUAAAAACUAUACGAUUGAAUAAGGCACAUUCAAGUAGUGAUUUAAGAAGUAAUCAUAUGGUCGAAUUUGGUACAGAUAGGUAUAAAGAAAGAUUAAAUAGAUUUAUUUGA